UGAGAAAAUCAUCUUUUCUUUUUGUGAGAAAUAAAAAUAUAAUCAAAAAAUAAAACAACCCCCUUUUUGUGUAUCAAAAAAGAAAAAUUAUUUUGUGUGUGAAAUAAAUUAAAUAAAAAUUAUAUUUAACCAAAAUGAGCAAAUGUGCGUGGGUGACGUUAACAACAAACGAUGCAUACUCCCUGGGCGCCAUGGUUCUGGCACAUUCACUGAAACGCGUCGGAACCGUUCAUGAUUUGGUUGUUAUGAUCACACCAACUGUAUCCGAAGCAAUGCGCAGCCGGCUACGAGAAGUCUUCAAUCUAGUUCAAGAGGUCAAUGUUUUGGACUCAAAAGAUGCCACCAAUUUGGCAAUUUUAGCACGUCCAGAACUCGGUAUCACGUUCACAAAACUCCAUGCCUGGAAACUUGUGCAAUAUGAGAAAUGUGUCUUCCUCGAUUCUGAUACACUUGUCAUUCAAAAUUGCGAUGAACUGAUGGAACGUGAAGAACUAUCAGCUGCACCAGAAGUAUGUUGGCCAGAUUGCUUUAAUUCUGGUGUCUUUGUGUACCGUCCAAAUGAAGCCACCUUCACCUCGAUCAUUGAAUUCGCAGCGAAAAAUGGCAGUUUCGAUGGAGGCGAUCAGGGUAUUUUGAAUUCAUACUUUUCACAAUGGGCCCACACUGACAUCACUAAGCAUUUGCCAUACACAUACAAUACAGCUGCCUUUGCAGUUUACAGUUAUUUGCCAGCAUUUAAAGAAUUUAAAAAUAAAAUUAAAAUUCUUCAUUUUGCUGGAAAAGUGAAGCCAUGGCUGUUGAAUUUCAAUUCUGAAACCAAACAAGCUAGUAUUCCACCAAUGUUUACUCACUGUGGUGAUUUCAUUCAAUUGUGGUGGAAUAUUUUCUGUGAUAACGUUCAUCAAAGAUUAUCCGAUCAAAUGCUACCACAUGCAGAUUAUUUUCUCCAAGAGGAGGCUGGAUUAGCUGGUGCUUUGGCUCAAGUUCGUUUGGGUGAGCCACGUUCUAGUGAACAAGAAGCUUAUGAAGCUUCGAUGAGACGCCAAUGCUGGGAAUCUGGAAAUAUUGACUACACUGGCAAGGAUUCAUUUGAUAAUAUCUGGAAGAAAAUUCAAGAAACUUUAGAAAUGAAACCUGAAGCCCCUGCCAAGUCUGCUGAUGAUGAUAACGACAAAAGCUCAGUUACACCGCCUGAAAUUGAAAUAAAAGCAACUGCUCAGAAGCUUAUAGCCUCAAAUGUAACAACUCCAAAGCCUGCUAGAUCUACUAACAAACCAACACCACAACCGCCAGCAAGGCAAAAGUCCAAAAAAUCCAAAUAACAACUAAUAGUUAACAAAAAAUGCUAUGAUUUCUUUAAUAAAUU